UUGCGAAACAAUUUUUUUGAAACAAUUGGAUAUAAUGAUAUACAUACAUCUGGACCAAGAACUCGCCCUGAACCAAUUGCAGAAUGUCAAAGAUUUCGAGCUCAUUUAAGAAAUCUUAAUUUUAUUAAUCCAAUAGAAACAAGGGCUAUUCAUAAAAGUUUAGGUGAAGAAUAUGAGUUAAGUGAUCAAUUAAAAAAUUUUAGUUAUAUAGCAAAAAAAAAACGACAAGAAUAUAUUAUGGAA